AUGUCCUCCCCACCACCCACCAACCCCCUCAAACGCCCCUCCAUCACCACCUCCCAAUCGCAAAUCAGCGCCAAACGCGCCCGCAUGCACCCCCUCCGCCAAACCUCCUUCCCCACAACCGCCGACGAAGCCCGCGGCCUCGGCAGCGCCGCCAGCGACGCCGGCAGCGUCACGGGCAGCCACACCGGCAGUCUGGGCGGCACGUCCGCAGAUGGCGUCUUCGCCGCUGCGGGGAAAGCCAAGAAGCGCGGGCGGAAGAGCAAGGCGGAGAAGGAGCGCGAGAGGGAAGACGCGUUGAGUGCGAGGGGAGGUGGGACGGAGACUCGGGUGGGUUCGGUUGAUGCGGAUGGGUCGUCUGUUAAGGGGGGUAGUGGUGGUGGUGGUGGUGCUGGGGGAGGAGGAGGGGAGGAUGUGGAUGACGAGGAGGAUUUUGAUGAUGAGGGGGAGUUGUUGGGGAGGGAGGAGGGGGCGACUGAUACCGAGGCGGAGAAGAAGAAUCUGGCCCUACUGGUGGACGCGUUCAACCCUCUCCAAUCCGAGCGAUACGAUCUAUUCAAGCGAGCCAAACUACGGAAAGAGACGCUACGGCGAAUCGUCAACCACGCGCUGUCGCAGUCGGUGCCCGCCAGCGUGGUGACCACCAUCAACGGCUUCACCAAGGUGUUUGCCGGCGAGAUGAUCGAAAAGGCACGCACGGUGCAAGCGGAAUGGGCCGACGCGCACGAUCAAUCCGCACGGGCCGAGUAUGAAGCCACGCAUGCAUCGAAACCAGAGCAGGACAGGCCGGAAUUCCGACCGCCGCCGAACCCCCACCGCGGUCAGCUCCUCCCUGCACACCUGCGCGAGGCGCAGCGGCGGUAUAAACGAGACGGCGAGGGCGGCGGGGUGGGCUUCACGGGGCUGAGCAUGGGCAAUAUGGGACGCUGGACUGGCUCCACGUUGAUCGAGCGAGAUACGCCGGAGCUUACGGGCUAUCCUAGACUGGGGAAACAUCACGACGAUCAGGCCAGCCAGCUCCAAGGCAUGUCCACAGACCCAAUCAUGUUCCGGGCGGAGCACGAAAUCAAAAAUCAGGCCGCCUCGCUAUACGAAUGA